AUGGUGUCUUCUGGUUGCAGAAUGCGAAGUCUGUGGUUUAUCAUUGUAAUCAGCUUCUUACCGAAUACAGAAGGUUUCAGCAGAGCAGCUUUACCGUUUGGGCUAGUUCGUCGAGAAUUAUCCUGUGAAGGUUAUUCUAUAGAUCUGCGAUGUCCAGGCAGUGAUGUUAUCAUGAUUGAGAGUGCUAAUUAUGGUCGGACAGAUGACAAGAUUUGUGAUGCUGACCCAUUUCAGAUGGAGAAUACAGACUGCUACCUCCCAGAUGCCUUCAAAAUUAUGACUCAAAGGUGCAACAAUCGAACACAGUGUAUAGUAGUUACUGGGUCAGAUGUAUUUCCUGAUCCAUGUCCUGGAACAUACAAAUAUCUUGAGGUCCAAUAUGAAUGUGUCCCUUACAGUAAGUAUGAAGUUUUUUUUGUGUGCCCUGGGACCCUGAAAGCAAUUGUGGACUCACCAUGUAUAUAUGAAGCUGAACAAAAGGCAGGUGCUUGGUGCAAGGACCCUCUUCAGGCUGCAGAUAAAAUUUAUUUCAUGCCCUGGACUCCCUAUCGUACUGAUACUUUAAUAGAAUAUGCAUCUUUAGAAGAUUUCCAAAACAGUCGCCAAACAACAACCUAUAAACUUCCAAAUCGAGUAGAUGGUACUGGAUUUGUGGUAUAUGAUGGUGCUGUCUUCUUUAACAAAGAAAGAACAAGGAAUAUUGUGAAAUUUGACUUGAGGACUAGAAUUAAGAGUGGAGAGGCCAUAAUUAACUACGCUAACUAUCAUGAUACUUCACCAUAUAGAUGGGGAGGAAAAACUGAUAUUGACCUAGCAGUUGAUGAAAAUGGCUUAUGGGUCAUUUAUGCCACUGAGCAGAACAAUGGAAUGAUAGUUAUUAGCCAACUGAAUCCAUACACUCUUCGAUUUGAAGCAACGUGGGAGACUGUGUAUGACAAACGAGCUGCCUCAAAUGCUUUUAUGAUCUGUGGAGUCCUUUAUGUGGUCAGGUCAGUUUAUCAAGACAAUGAGAGUGAAACAGGCAAGAAUGCAAUUGAUUAUAUUUACAAUACCCGAUUAAACCGAGGAGAAUAUGUAGAUGUUCCCUUCCCCAACCAGUACCAGUAUAUUGCUGCAGUGGAUUACAAUCCAAGAGAUAACCAACUCUAUGUGUGGAACAAUAACUUCAUUUUACGAUAUUCUCUGGAGUUUGGUCCACCUGAUCCUGCCCAAGUGCCUACCACAGCUGUGACAAUAACUUCUUCAGCUGAGAUGUUCAAAACCACAGUAUCAACCACAAGCACUACUUCACAGAAAGGCCCCAUGAGCACAACUGUAGCUGGAUCGCAGGAAGGAAGCAAGGGGACAAAAGCACCUCCAGCAGUUUCUACAACCAAAAUUCCUCCUGUAACAAAUAUUUUUCCCCUGCCAGAGAGAUUCUGCGAAGCAUUAGACGCGAGGGGGAUAAGGUGGCCUCAGACACAAAGGGGAAUGAUGGUUGAACGACCAUGUCCCAAGGGAACGAGAGGAACUGCCUCAUAUCUCUGCGUGCUUUCCACUGGAACAUGGAACCCUAAGGGGCCCGAUCUUAGCAACUGUACCUCACACUGGGUAAAUCAGCUGGCUCAGAAGAUCAGAAGUGGAGAAAAUGCUGCCAGCCUUGCCAAUGAACUGGCUAAACAUACCAAAGGUCCAGUGUUUGCUGGUGAUGUGAGUUCUUCAGUGAGACUGAUGGAGCAAUUGGUGGACAUUCUUGAUGCACAGCUGCAGGAGCUGAAACCAAGUGAGAAGGAUUCAGCAGGACGGAGUUAUAACAAGCUCCAAAAACGAGAGAAGACAUGCAGGGCUUACCUUAAGGCAAUUGUUGAUACAGUGGACAAUCUUCUGAGACCUGAAGCUUUGGAAUCAUGGAAACACAUGAAUUCAUCUGAACAAGCACAUACUGCAACGAUGUUGCUGGAUACAUUGGAAGAAGGAGCAUUUGUCCUGGCUGACAAUCUCGUAGAACCAACCAGGGUAUCAAUGCCCACAGAAAAUAUUGUUCUGGAAGUUGCAGUCCUCAGUACAGAAGGACAGGUCCAAGACUUUAAAUUUCCUCUGGGCAUCAAAGGAGCAGGCAGCUCAAUCCAACUCUCUGCAAAUACGGUCAAACAGAACAGCAGGAAUGGUCUUGCAAAGUUGGUGUUCAUCAUUUACCGGAGUCUGGGACAGUUCCUUAGUACCGAAAAUGCAACCAUAAAACUGGGUGCUGACUUCAUUGGUCGAAAUAGCACCAUUGCAGUGAAUUCCCACGUCAUUUCAGUUUCAAUCAAUAAAGAAUCCAGCCGAGUAUACUUGACAGAUCCUGUGCUUUUUACCUUGCCACACAUUGAUCCUGACAAUUAUUUCAAUGCAAACUGCUCCUUCUGGAACUACUCAGAGAGAACUAUGAUGGGAUAUUGGUCUACCCAGGGCUGCAAGCUGGUUGACACUAAUAAAACUCGCACGACGUGUGCAUGCAGCCACCUAACCAAUUUUGCAAUUCUCAUGGCCCACAGGGAAAUUGCAUACAAAGAUGGAGUUCAUGAAUUACUCCUUACAGUCAUCACCUGGGUGGGAAUCGUCAUUUCCCUUGUUUGUCUGGCUAUCUGCAUCUUCACUUUCUGCUUUUUCCGUGGUCUACAGAGUGACCGUAAUACUAUUCACAAGAACCUUUGUAUCAACCUUUUUAUUGCUGAAUUUAUUUUCCUAAUAGGCAUUGAUAAGACAAAAUACAUGAUUGCAUGCCCAAUAUUUGCAGGACUGUUACACUUUUUCUUUUUGGCUGCUUUUGCUUGGAUGUGUCUAGAAGGUGUUCAGCUCUAUCUAAUGUUGGUUGAAGUCUUUGAAAGUGAAUAUUCAAGAAAGAAAUACUACUAUGUUGCCGGUUACUUGUUUCCUGCCACAGUGGUUGGAGUUUCAGCUGCUAUUGACUAUAAGAGCUAUGGAACAGAAAAAGCUUGCUGGCUUCAUGUUGAUAACUAUUUUAUAUGGAGUUUCAUUGGACCUGUUACCUUCAUUAUUCUGCUAAAUAUUAUCUUUCUGGUGAUCACAUUAUGCAAAAUGGUGAAGCACUCGAACACAUUAAAACCAGAUUCUAGCAGGUUGGAAAACAUUAAGUCUUGGGUGCUUGGCGCGUUCGCUCUUCUAUGUCUUCUUGGCCUAACCUGGUCAUUCGGGUUGCUUUUUAUUAAUGAGGAGACUAUUGUGAUGGCAUAUCUCUUCACCAUCUUUAAUGCUUUCCAGGGAGUGUUCAUUUUCAUCUUUCACUGUGCUCUCCAAAAGAAAGUACGAAAAGAAUAUGGCAAGUGCUUCAGACAUUCAUACUGCUGCGGCGGCCUCCCGACUGAGAGUCCCCACAGCUCGGUGAAGGCAUCCACCACCAGAACCAGUGCUCGCUAUUCCUCUGGCACACAGAGUCGUAUAAGAAGGAUGUGGAAUGACACUGUGAGAAAACAAUCUGAAUCUUCUUUUAUCUCAGGUGACAUCAAUAGCACUUCAACACUUAAUCAAGGAAUGACUGGCAAUUACCUACUAACAAACCCUCUUCUUCGACCCCACGGCACUAACAACCCCUAUAACACAUUGCUCGCUGAAACAGUUGUAUGUAAUGCCCCUUCAGCUCCCGUGUUUAACUCACCAGGACAUUCACUGAACAAUGCCAGGGAUACAAGUGCCAUGGAUACUCUACCGCUAAAUGGUAAUUUUAACAACAGCUACUCACUGCGCAAGGGGGACUAUAAUGACAGCGUGCAGGUUGUGGACUGUGGACUAAGUCUGAAUGAUACCGCUUUUGAGAAGAUGAUCAUUUCAGAAUUAGUGCACAACAACCUACGGGGCAGCAGCAAGGCUCACAACCUCGAGCUCACACUACCAGUCAAGCCUGUGAUUGGAGGGAGCAGCAGCGAAGAUGACGCUAUUGUGGCAGACGCCUCUUCUCUAAUGCAUGGUGACAAUCCUGGACUGGAGCUCCAUCACAAAGAACUCGAGGCCCCACUCAUCCCUCAGAGGACUCACUCCCUUCUGUACCAACCCCAGAAGAAAGCAAAGCCCGAGGGGACUGACAGCUACGUAUCCCAGCUGACAGCCGAGGCCGAGGACCAUCUCCAGUCCCCCAACAGAGACUCUCUGUACACAAGCAUGCCCAACCUCAGAGACUCUCCCGAUCAGGAGAGCAGCCCCGACACGGAAGAAGACCUGCCUCCGUCCCGGAGGAGUGAGAACGAGGACAUCUACUAUAAGAGCAUGCCAAACCUUGGAGCUGGCCACCGGCUUCAGAUGUGCUACCAGAUCAGCAGGGGCAACAGCGAUGGGUACAUAAUCCCCAUUAACAAAGAAGGGUGUAUUCCAGAAGGAGACGUCAGAGAAGGACAAAUGCAGCUGGUGACAAGUCUCUAA